AUGGCUUCAUCAGCCACUACAGCAGCUGUGCGUGUGUUACCAAAUAAUAAAGUUUACCGGCAAUUAUUCGAUGCACAGGUUCAAUUAAAUGAUGCCUAUAAUAAAGUUCGUUCAAAUCAAUUAUCGAAACCAGUGGAAAUUCGAACACAUCCGGAUGCAACACCGCUGGUCAAACAUAUCAGAGACUCAGGUGUGAGUGGCGCACUAAAUCUAUCACAACGAAAAUGGAUGAAAAGUUUACCGUACGAAUCAACUGUAGAAAAUCCAGUUCUAUUAAAACAGCAACAAUUUGAAGAAAAACUUCAAUCAGACGCGUACGUUGAAUUAGAAAAUAUAAAAAAAGAAGUUUUCAAUCUUCCAGAUACAAUUGCUGCACCAGCGUCAUCUCAGGGCAAUAAUGUUACUGAACGUUUAGCUGCAAGUAGACAAUUAAAAUUUGAGCAGUUGUGGAAUGAAUUUUUUGAGAACAUUGCUCAAAUUAAUCAGGAUAUAACAUCAUUAGACAACGAUAGUUUUACAAAUGCUUAUGAACAACUUGAUCAACUGUUGCCACCUCGUUUAGAAUCAAUACAAGAAUAUUGUCAAACUAUUGAAGAGUUAGAAUUAGAACGAAUAAGAAAAAUUCGUGAAUUAUUUAAACUAUAUUCUGAUCGAUUGUACAAUACGUAUCAUUUAUCCGAUGUUGAAACAGCCAGUCUGCUGGAAAAACAAGCAGAUGAAUUAAAUAGUCAAGUAUUAGAAAAUCGUCGCAUCUAUACAGAAUUGGAAGCUCGAUUGUUAACGGGUGAAACAGAUAGAGUACACCGUUAUAGAUUACAGAUGCAAGAGUAUCAAAAUAAAUGGAGAGAUGCAACAUGGCUGAUUCAUAAACAAGAAUUCAAUUCAAAAUUGAAAAUAUCUCAAACGAAACUUGAAUCGAAUCUAAUUGAAGCCUGUCGUCCAGUUGCUGAUGAAAUCGAUGGAAAAAGACGAAUGUUAAUUGAACAUAUAAACACACUAAAUAAAUUUGUUCCUCCGUCUACUACUCGCGAUAAUGUUCAAAAAUGGUAUCAGCAAGGUCAAACAAUUUUAAACGAGAUUAUCGAUAAAAAAGAUACACUUUUAGAAAAAGCAAACGACGUCGUUAAAUAUGAAAUUCUGUUUUUAAUAAAUGAAGCUCAAUGUGUCAAAAAAAAAGUACUUGAAGCACAAAUUUAUGACCAGGAACAAGCGGUCAUAAUAAUUGCUCGUGAUAUUGAACCAUUGAUUGAAGACCGUAAAUUGUUUUUAGAACAUUUUUUAACAAAUAAAAUGCAAUCUGUUUACAAUGAAUUCAUUUCUCAUAUGCAACAAGUACUGAACAAAUUACACAAAUUUAUUCAAACACCAGCUCAACUAUGGGAUGAUCAUCAACUUCAUUUGGAACAUGUAACGGCACAAUUGCAAGAUAUGAUGAGAGACGCGAGAAAACCACACGAUUCACAAAAUGAAAAAAAAUUAACCAAAUUAGAUUCUACAUUGGAUGAAAUGCGUAGUGCAUCAAAUGAAACUGUACUUACUCGAUUAUUACGUUCAGCAUACGAUCAAUUAGAUGAAAUAAAAGCAAGUUACGGUCAGUUUUAUGAAUUAGAACACAUAAUUGUUAAUAAAUAUGCUGGAAUGAUAGCCGAUGAGGUGCAACGGUAUAAAAAUGAGAUUAUAUCCUGUUUUAAAAGAGGGGCAAGUUCCAUAUAUCAUACAACAUCAAGAACUCAAACAGUCUAUGAAUUGCCGCGAUUAAAUUUUCGUAUAGCUCAAUUAGAUCAACCAAGUUCUCAAACGAAGAGUGUAUCAUAUGAAAAUACAUCGCCAUCAAUGGAAAAUCGUACUGAAGAGUCACCAUAUCGAAGUUCACUUGAAGACGAUAAUUGGGAUGGUGUAGAUGGUGAUCGUAGUAGUAAACAAGAUGAACAACAACAAACGCAAACAUUCUUGACAGAAGUUAAAGAUCAGUCAUCAUUUAUGUCAUGGACACAAACUCCGUUCAUUAGAUCAUUUCAAAUGAAAGAUAAUCUAGCAGAAAUCAUUAUGAAUACAAUUUGUCGAGCAUUUUUAGAACAUAAUGAUGAAUGGAAAGAUGAAACGAUAAAACGAGCUGAUGCUGUUAUGUUCUCAAAACAUGAUGAAUUAGAUAAAGAAAUGGAUUUUCAAUUACAUUUACAUGAACCGAGACGAGUCAGAAUUGAGAUGGAUAUACAUAACGUUAGAGCGGCUGAACUGGUCAUGCAUGAUGAACGUGUGGAACGUCAUAUUCGCGGUGUUCAAGAAACAUUGGAACAAACCGAUGCUGAUUAUCGUCGAAUGUUGAACGAGUUUGCUAAAUCAAUUGUGCAUUAUAAAGAUGAUAUUUUUGGCUUAGAACAAGUAUUUGUUGAUGCAACAACAAGUGGAAGACUUUUAUCAUUACAAGAUCGUCUGCAGAAGCAACGUGAUUUGUUUAUGGAAAAUGUUCGUGUAUCAUUGAGAAAUUUUCGAAAACGUUUUGAUGAUUCAAUGCAAUAUUUAAGACAAGCAAAUUCUAAAUUUCGUCAAUCAUUUAAAAUGUUUUCUGAUGGUGGUAAUUUUUCACGUGAAGAAAUUGAAAUACAUCGUAAAAAAUUAGAAAAAGUAGCAUUACAGAUAGAUAAAGCUGAAACAGCUAUUUUAAAAGAAAUGGAAAAAUUAGAAAAAAAACAGUUAGAAGAAGCAACAAAAAUUAUGAAUCAAUUUCAAGAAAGGCAAGUAUCAUAUUUUAGUUUCUACUAUUAUAUUUCAAAUUAG